AUGGGUUUGCAAAGUCCCAUCAUAAUCCGAGCAAAAAUAGUUCUCCAGCAGCUUUGGAUAGAAAAGCUGGAUUGGGAUGAAUCCAUUCCAGAAGCAAUUGAAGCAGAGUGGCGUCAAUUCAUCACUGAUCUUCACUCACUCCAAAAUUUGGAUAUUCCUCGAUAUGUUUUUCUUGAAAACAAAAUAAGUUGUGAAGUCCAUGGUUUUGCAGACGCGUCAAUGAAGGCUUAUGGAUGCUGUAUAUAUUUGCGAAGUUUAGAUUCCUUUGGGUCAGUUAAUGUGAAGCUGUUAGUCGCAAAGUCUCGAGUUGCACCCGCAAAAAAGAGACAACUUCCUAGACUCGAACUUUGCGCAGCACACCUUCUAGCCAAACUCUGGGUCAAAAUUCAAAAAAUUGUAGAUUCAAACUACUCGAAGGCGUAUUUCUGGACUGAUUCGACAAUUGUGUUGCAUUGGAUUUCUACUCAUUCGUCGAAACUGAAUACGUUUGUUGGAAAUCGAGUUGCAGAAAUCCAGGAUACGACAAAAGAGGUCGUUUGGAGACACGUCCCAACACACGAAAAUCCGGCAGAUGUGGUUUCGCGAGGAUGCACGGUAGAUGAGAUUAAAAAUUCCCUUUGGUUUGAAGGUCCAUCAUUUCUGGUGAACGAAGAAGAAGAAUGGCCAUCCACAGCAGAAAUCCAUCUUUCUCCAGAAGAAACUUCAAUAGAAAAGAGACAAACGGUUCUAAGUUGUCAACAGCUCGAACCAAGCUACUAUUUAGAUCUUAUAGAAAGAAUGAGCUCGUAUACAAAAUUGAUACGAAUCUUCGCAUAUGUCAAAAGGUAUCUCAACCUACGAGUAUGGGCGAUACCAUUUCCAAAUGAGUAUCUAACAGCUUACGAGCUAGAAAAUUCGCUAAAAAUCAUCGUUUAUAUAACUCAAAAGAAGUACUUUUCGGAAGAAAUCGAAGCAAUUAUUAAAAACAAAUCACUUAAAGGUUCUAUAAAGGCUCUAAGUCCGUUUAUCGAGGUUGAUGAUUUCAGUGGGAUUCGUUUGUUAAGAGUCGGAGGCCGAUUGAAGCAUGCAAACAUCCCAGAGCAAAGCAAGCAUCCACUUUUACUGCCAAAAGAUUGCAGUUUCACCAAAACUCUCGUCAGACAUCUUCACCUUUCAAAUUACCAUGCUGGUCCAAAGGCUCUUGUAGCGCUGACGAGACAAACAUUUUGGAUUGUCAAUGCUCGUGAGGUAGCAAGAUGGGUAGUUCGAAAAUGCCCACACUGUGCCAGAUACAGGCCAAAGUUGUUCGAGCAGGUAAUGGGAGAUUUGCCUGCUGCUAGAUUGACCCAAUCUCGCCCAUUUUUAUGUUGCGGAGUGGACUUUUGUGGUCCAAUAAACACUUAUUACAAAAUUCGUGGCAAGGUGCCAUACAAAACAUAUGUAGCUGUCUUUGUUUGUUUUUCAUCGAAAGCAGUCCAUUUAGAAGCUGUGUCUGAUCUUUCAGCUGAUGCCUUUAUAGCAGCCUUAAAAAGGAUGAUAGGUCGUAGAGGUCUCCCAAAAACCAUCCAUUGUGAUAAUGCGACAAAUUUAGUUGGCGCACAGUCAAAACUUAAAGAACUGCGUGAUAUGUUGUUCAAACGUUCUAACCAAGAAACUAUAGUUAAUUUUUGUACUAAUGCUUCCAUAAAUUUUCAUUUUAUGCCCCCCAGGGCACCUAAUUUCGGUAGAAUUUGGGAAGCGGCCGUAAAAGUAGCAAAAGGCCAUCUUUAUCGCAGUCUUGGCGGUGCAAAACUGAACUUUGAAGAGCUGACAACGGCACUGGUAGAGAUCGAGGCCAUAAUGAACUCCAGGCCAAUUACUCCAAUGUCUCCUGAUCCCAACGACCUAGAAGCCUUAACGCCAGCCCAUUUUCUCAUCGGGUCAUCCCUAAGAGCGAUUCCGGAAAUAGGCCUAGAAGUUUCCGACAUAAGUUAUCUGGAACGAUGGCGUCGAAUCAAUGCCGUCAAAACCCACUUCUGGAAGCGGUGGUCAUCAGAAUACGUUCUAGAACUCCAGAAUCGUGCCAAAUGGACUACUUCAAGGCCAAACAUCGAAGUUGGUAGUCUCGUCAUCAUCCAUGAAGACAAUUUGCCACCCCAAAAGUGGCUCUUGGGAAAAGUCGUCAACAUUAUCGAGGGUCCUGAUGGUCGUAUACGAGUCGCCGAUAUCAAAACGUCACGAGGAGAAUUUCGAAGGCCAAUUCGAAAACUAGCAGCGAUACCGUGUUGA